CCCGUGCUGCUCUUUCUGCCCGGCAUCGACGGCACCGGCAGCGCGGGCGCCACGCAGUGGCCGCGCCUCGCGUCGAGCUUCGAGGUGCACGCGCUCUCCUUUGCGCCCGCGGAUCGCUCCUCCUUUGGCGACGUGCUGAGCGGCUGCGAGUCCUUCCUGGGCGACACCGCCGCCGGCCGAGGCACGCUUCUCGUGGGCGAGUCGACCGGCGCCGUGGCGGCCCUUGGACUCGCCUAUCGCGCGCCGGACGCGGUGGACGGACUCUGCCUCGUGAACCCCGCCACUGGCUACGCGGGCAGCGCGCUCUCGACGCUCGCGCCGCUGCUGCCCCGGCUGCCGAGAGGCGUGUACCGCGCGGCGCCGUACGCGGUCACGCCGCUCUUCGGCAAGCGGGACUGGUUUCGCUCCAUCGUCGGCGAGGACGCCACGACGGGCCCGCCUCCGCUCCUGCCCUCUCCCGCCGCGGCCCUUGCGUGGCGGCUCGAGGAGCACCUGCGCAAGGGCAGCGCGGCGGUCAACGGGCGCCUCGCGGCGGGAGGGCGCGCCCCGGCAUCGAGCACGCUGCUGCUCGCGGGCGGGCGGGACUUGGUCCUCGCUUCGCCCGCCGAGACGUCGCGCCUGCAGCAGCGGCUGCCCGGCUCGGUGCGCAAGCUGCUGCCGUCCGCGGGCCACGCCUGCCUC